UCCAGUUUCACCGCUGAGAAACAUCAACAUAGUAACCCGGGAAAGGCAACCUCAGAGGCGGGUAGCGACAUUUCUCUCCAGGAAUCUCACAGCUGACCUGGAUAUUUGAUUUCCUGGACUAUCGCCGAGACGACAAUAAUGGGUGCAUGUCGCUACAAAAAGUUGCUAGCUUAGUUGGCACAACUGUGAGCUAACAUUGGUUUGCUAACGUUAGCUGGCUAACGCUAACGUUAGCAAACAGACAGCUGAACGAAACUGAAGAAGUCCGGAGAAGUUAGGAUUGUCUUAUCAUGAGGAUGCCAGCAUGAAUGUGGACACCUAAACACCUCGGAUCGUUUCCUUAAAGGUGAAUGGGAGAAAUGAGGAGCAGCAGGAGGACAGAGGUGUCUCUCAAAAGCUCUGCUCAGCAACUUACCGAUCACAAUAUCGGCACAGAGCUGACAACUGCAUGGAAAAGUUUGGCUCAGUCCAAAGCUGCUUUGCGGCAUAUAGAAAACCGUUUAGAGGCAGUUCCAGGGACAGGGGUUAUCCUGGACUCAGUCAUGGACCCCCAGAAGGAGAAAUCGUCCAGGGUGGUCCGCUGCAGGGAUGGGCAACAAGCUGAUGACAAUGGAGGGUCUUCAAAGCGCAGGGGGCGUAGUCAGCAGAGUCCAGAAAAGAGCAGCUCACGCAGCCCACUGAGAAAUACUACCCAGGACAGCAACGUCCGCAGGAACAACAGUGUGGAGUUCAGGGAACCGCUGGCCUCAUACAGAGAGGCUACCCCUCCACCACAUCCAUCCUCUCAGCUGGAUGCCUACAGCCUGCAGUCAGUGCCAGGGUCUUCGUACCCAUCGUCUCCACUUCCCUCAGAUCCUCUGCUCAGCCAGCUGGUCUACCAGAGGGACACCAGGGACAAGCAGACAGACAGAGACCUGGACAGCACACACUCCUCGGCUCUGGAGGGCACAGAGGUCCGCUACCUCAAUGACCAGCCAGCCCUGGACACCAUGAGGACCAUUGGAAAUCAAUCAUAUCUCACAGGUGUAAGAGCCAAUUUAAGGGAGGGGGCUGAGGAGGAAAGCACUCCCAAAGCACAACCUGGUAUGGACAGCCAAGAUUCAAGCCCAUGGCUAGCUCCAGCCCCAGGCUCCUUACGCCGCGGGGAGAGCACUCCCUCCACCAGCCCUGGCUCAGCCUCCCAGCGCUUGGAGAAUCUAAGGCGACAUCAGCCUGAUGAUAAACUGGAGAAGCUCAAAGAGCGUAUUCGAAGGCAGAGACAACAUCUGGAGGAGGCUGCAGAGAGAGAGAAGCUAAUGGGUUUUCUGGAACAGCCUAUUACGGCAGCUGUGGGGAGUAACAAUGCUGGUACCAGCAACAUGCCCACAGCCAAAGUACGGAAAGUUGCAGCUGCGCCACCUGCUCCUAUUUACAAAGGUUUCAACAGUACUGAGACAAAGAUCCGGACACCUGAUGGGAAAGUUUGGAAAGAGGAGGAGUUUCAUAACCUCAGCAGAGAAAUAUACAGAGACCUGUCACGUCAGUUUGCUGAGAGCACCAGAUCCAGGCAUCAGCAGCAGAGGGAACAGAGAGCAGACAGGUCCAAAGAGAGGAGGCCUCCCAAACCAGUCAGGAAGGUCCACAGAGCUGCCCCUGCCUCCGACCUAAAUGCAAAACCAGCGAUUAGCCCUGCAUCGUGGCGGGACGGCCAGAAGCUUGUAAAGAUGGUACUGGGUCCAGUUCCCAAGCUGCCCCGGGAGGAGGACAGGCCCCAUCCAGUUGACGGACUGAGCAGAACAGCUUCCCGCCAACGCUCCAGUUCAGACCCACGCUCACAAUCAAACCGACGAUCUCGUCCUAACAGCACAGAAAGGCCUCACAGUGGUUCUAAAAGCCACUCCACAACCACGUCUUCCCACUUGUCUGCAGCUCAGGACAAGGUGCCAGUGGGUGUAAGUGCAGACCUGUUGUCAGCAGACAUUCAGGGGAUUCUUGAUGACCUUCAGCUGGAGUGUAAAGCAGCUGAGAGGGAGGAGAGGGCUCGACAAAGGUCCCGGGGUGGUAUCAGUGGAAAGAGAGGAAGAGGGGGAUCAGGGUCACGAACUAGGACGCCAGUGUCUGCUUGGGGAACUACUGUGACUACAGGUGCUUCCUCAAGAGGAUGCCGCAGCGCCAGCCCCACUACACACAGACCAGAGGCUGCCAACAUGGCUGACGCAGGGUGCAAAAAGCGACACUAUGACGCAGAUACCGUUCGCCAGUACAUUGUGCGGCAACAAGAGGAGAGAAAAAGGCGUCAGGCAGAGGAGAAGAGGUCACUGAGGGAGGAGACGGAGAGGAGAAACCAGAGACUGCAGGAGCUCUACAAGAAGCAAAGAGAAGUUGCUAAAAUAGUGGCCAUUCCCUGCGAGGCACCUGUUGCCCCUGUGCAAAAGCGACUACAGGAGACCUACAACAAACUGCUGCUGGAGGAGACCCGGCUGGGCGAGGAGGCCACACAGAUACACCCUGCUGCUCCUUCUAGUCAAAUGAGACCAAUGUACCAGCCUUCUGGAGAGUCAGACAAAGAGAACAAAAGACUAGAUGCACCACAGAGCCCUUCGAGCAGUGAUAGGUCUUUGAAUGAUCAGCCACCUCCUCCAUUAUCCAGGAAUGAUCUGGAUGUCGGAGUUGCUUCUUUUCUUCAGCCUGACCGUCUGAGUCCCUCUGUUCGACCUACACCUGGCCCUAGCAGCAGUAUGCUAGCUCCUUUUGGCGACCAUCUUCUCUCUCAGCUUCUCAGGCUGGAGACAGCAGUGGCCGCUGGCAACAUGAAGAACACCCAGCGGCCAGCUACAGCACCUGCCAACAGGUCACAUUCCAAGAUGUCCCGCAUCGAGGCCCUCAAGGCCACAGCUGCAUCCCUCUCCAGCCGUAUAGAGAGUGAGGCACGGAAGCUUGCUGGGGAAGGGAUGAACUAUGGUACAGCAACUUCAAUGGACGUGGAUACUAUUUUGGCUCCUCGGCCCUCUAUGGCUAAUCUUGAUGAUAGAUGCUGGGCACAAACAGCUGCCAUGGAAAAUGAUGAUGUGGCAUCAAGGAUCCAGAGGAUUUUGACUAGCACUGGUCAUAGUUCAUAUGAUAUCAAAGCUCUUCCAGGAGCAGGCAAUCUGCACACCCUCAGGGGACAGAAAGAAACGAGUGGUACACACACCAAUUUGAUCAAUCCACAAACAAUUUCUAGUGAAGUAACAGGGCCCAUUCUCAACAGUUAUACACAAGAAAGGAGGAAUUUAGUCAGUGGCUUGGAGAAUGUAGAUAUAAUGGAUAAAAUGGCACAAGGGAGAGGCUAUGACAGGGAGGGGAAUCAGACAGAUCUCCAUGACUCAAGUGCCGGUUCUAUCAGUGAGGGUCCCCUAUUGAGUGAAGGGAGUUUUUCAGAGGAUGAGGCAAGCCCUCCUCAUCCCUCCUGCAAUCGUGUACCGAGACCAGCAAAUCGCCUGGAGGGAGCGGACUACUGUGCCAGUGAAAGAAGGGAUUACCAGCGGCUGUCUGAGUUCCAGAGGGAGGCAGCAAGGUGCUCAGCCCUCAGCUCCCCAUUUGCUCAGCAUGGCAGCAGCAAAGCAGCCUGGGAAGAGCUGAAUAAAGGAAGCCCUUUAAGUGUAAUCAACAUUUUCACUAAGAACCUUCAUGGCCAUGUUCAAGUGAAUGAGAGGAACUCUCCUUCUGCCCAAUCUUGGCACUCUGGAAAUGGCCCUGGAGAUGCAGUCUAUGAAGAUGACUUUGUGUCAUCACAUAGCAGCAGAGCCACUAGCCAACUGAGGAGAGGCUCCAAUUCGCCCAGUGUUACCAAUCACUUUGAAGAGCUGAUGAGGAGGUCUCCCUAUGAGAAAAGCACAGGAGGCGUCAGUUCCCACCAUUCAUCCUUUCACUCAUCUGUUCAUUCACCACAUCUUUCCUCUGGUUCACCAUCAGGCUCCUCACCCCUCUCUAAGCACUCUACAAGAAAAAGAGGCACAGCUUCAGACCAGAGUGAUGCCACCCUGGUGGAAGAGCAUAGGCGCUCCUGCUCACCCCCCUCAGAGGCAUUAUCCUCUAAUUCCAGGAAGAGAGGUUCAGACAAAAGCUCUGCCCACAGCCAGGCCAAGAGUGUCCACUCCAGUGACACUUUAGGAGAAACGUCAGUGCAAUCUCACCAAAGUUUGGGACUGGAUGGUAAGAGGUCUUCAGCGACCAGGCCCAAACACGCUUCUCCUUCAUGCUCUCCAGACCCUGGUUCUCCUCCAGGAGCAGACUCUUCCAGUGAGCCUGUAAGAGGUGGCUCUCUGGGGGCAAAUAACAUGAACACAGGCACCACAGCUCGCAGUGGUAGAGUAGAGACCAGGACCACAGGUGAACUACAGUAUUCACCUGCUGUCCUGCAGCAGCGUAUGGCAGCAGAGCUCCAGUACUUGGAGUCUGUUGAAGAGUCAGUCCGACAACUGGGUGACAUGGAGAGGGUGAUGGGUGUGUCCAUGGCUCAGCAGGAGAGCGCGUCAUUGGCCCAAAUGCUCAAGGCCAAGCAGCAGCGCCAUGAGCGUGACCUCUAUGAACUGAAGAUCAAGGCUGAAAGAGAAGCCCUGGAGACAAAGCUACAGCUGGAGGAAAACCGACAGAGAGUGGCCAGGGCUCAUAUAGACCUGCAAGAAAGUUUGGCAGUGACUCAAAGAGAGACUUUGGAAGGCCUCCAGGAGGCAACUACUAAGAUGAUGAGUCAACAGGCUGAGGCAGCACGGUACACAGCCGACACUGCCCGACACAUCAAGGAGAUGACAGACUUGGCGCGGUCGCAGAUAGCAGGAGCUUUGGUUGUCCCCCCUGUUGCCACCGAUUCUUCCAUGUUGGACCAGCGGGAAGAACAGGAGAGCUCUUAUACAAGGCAACAGCAUGAUCAGGCUGACUCUGACAGCUUCCACAGUGAGGUGUCGAGCAGGAGGGCCAGGCCAGAGGAACCUCUGUCUUCGCUGAACAGCCUCAGUCACUCUGACUCUCUGUCCUUCAGAAGACCCAACCUCAGUGGAGCAGACUCUAGCAGCCUCCACAGCCCGUCGCACGUCUCCUCAGACCAGAGAGAUCGGACAGAAAAAGAGGGAGAAGAGGUGAAAUGGAGGAAGGGGGGAGCUGAGGGGAGGACAGAGAGGGAAGCAGGCAACAGCUCCAUAGAGGAGGAAGUUCCUACAGCAGCAAAUGACUCCCUCUGCAGUGACAGCAUCCCUUCUGUAGUGGAUGAGAAAGGAGACAGUACGUCAGUGGCAACAGAGUACUCUCUCAAGUUUGAUGAGUCCAUGACGGAGGAUGAGAUAGAGGAGCGAUCAUUCCGCUCUCUGCUGCCGUCUGAGGCACACCGCCGCGGAACUAUGGAGAAAAAGUCCCGCAACCACGACGAAUCAGAGGAUGAUGGUGCCAGUCACAACACAACAUUGGUUUCAGGGACACACAAUAUCUUUAAGUCUCAAGAUGCAAACAUGGCGUUCUCUGGUGGACAGGACAGCUUUUCCCAGUUCACCAUGGACAUGGUGCGUCAAUACAUGAAGGAUGAGGAAGUAAGACUGCAGCAUCAGAGCUCUCUCCUGCGUCUUCGGCAGAAGGCUCUCAAAGAGAAGACGAGAACUGAGCUGGCCUGGCUAGAGCACCAGAAAAAGAGACUGAGGGACAAGGGAGAGGAUGACAAAAUGCCACCAAUCAGGAAGAAGCAGAGGGGCCUUCUGAUGAAACUACAGCAGGAGCAGGCUGAGAUCAAACGACUUCAGGAGGCCAACAAAGCAGCAAGGAAGGAAAGGCAGCUGUUGCUGAAGCAGCAGGAGGAGAUUGAGCGGAUGAGAAACUCUACACUCAGACUGAAGGAGCGUCUCAAGUGUGCCGGGGGUGAAACACCACCUGAGACUCCUGUGUCAGAAACACCAGUGUCAGAGCCAGCCUCCCCCAACAUAAGGCUUGCUGUUGAUAACCGCAGCCCCUCUCCUUCGCUCUCUAUCUCUGGAAGCGAGACUAGCAGCAUCAUGCAGAAGCUUAAGAAGAUGCGCACUCAAAUGGAUGAGAAACACUGCUCUCCUGUCCACUACUUCCUCUCUGUGUUCACGGCCCACCACUGGGCCUCCCUCAGUGUCUGUCUUCCCAACCUCCACCCUAAAUUCCAGCUCUUUAUCUACAACCAGUUGGUCAGGUUCCUGACCAAGCGGGAGCAGCAGCUGAUGCAAAGGCGUCGCCAUGCUGAGGAGCUGCUGCAGUGGAAACAGCGGCUGGACCAAGAGGAGGCAGAGGUCCGUAGGAUGGAGAAAGAGGCCCUGGCUGUCUGGGACCGGCAGACGCCUCGGGACAAGGAUGAUGACGUGUCAGAGAGUCAGAAAAACGAGAUCUCUGACAUUAGCCCAAGUCAUCAUCAAAACUCAGAACCCAGAACUGACAGUGAGAAAGAGUAUGUCAGUGAGGGUGACUGCUCCUCAGCAACACCUGAGUCCAGUAUACACACAGAGGGAUUGGGGUCCCAGCAACCAGGAAGCCUCUCCUCAGCACAACCUGUGUCAGUCCCUGAAACACCUUUGGCCUCCGUCCAGAGCAGCCCUGCAAAUUACACCCAAGACUUCGCUUCAGCUUCACCAUCACCGAGCAGACAAUCUGCACAGUCUUCUAUAUUCAAAGGCAGCCACAGCCCUGCUGCCUCUCCUUCAGAUGGCAGCAGCAAAACCAAGAUGCAGCUUCGCUCCUCCUCCCGGACCACUAACCAGGCCCGCACUCAGCCAACUGAACCUAUGGCCACGCAGACUGAACCCAUUUCAGACCAGAGUGACAUAGAGUCUCGUAUCAAGGCCCUGAAGGAAGAACUCAGAAAACGAAAGUUUAUGGCCUACCAGCUGAAGAAAGAACAGAGGAAGAGGCAUAAGGAGCGCCUGAAGGCAAAGGAGGCCAGCCUGUUGAAGCAGCUGGAGACCUAUAACAACUUCAUUGAGAAAACUAAGGCAGAACUGAACAAGGAACCAGACUCAACACUUGAUACACAGUCCGAGAUCAAGGAUUCCACAUCAGUCGCAGAUCAGUCCAGUAUUAAGCCACCUACUCACAGGUCUGAAACCAGUCAAGUCUAUGACUCUGAAAGGACACCAAUUGACGCUUCUUUGGACCUUAAUGCCCUUCCUCAAGUUGAUCAUAGUAGAUCCACCUCGGUGCCUGAAGAAUUAUCUGAUGAAGACCCACCAACUGUCACUCCGACCCCAGUGUAUGGCAGCCCAGAGUGUCCAACCUCAGGAUUGAGGAGCCAGCAGUCCACAGUGGAUCUCUUAAGACCCUCCUCCAAGGAAACCAAGACACUGAUUAUUGAGUCUGUGGAUGAGAACAUUGUGUCCGAUCAAAGAUCUGAAAUUCAGGAAGAGCUGGAGGUGGAAGUGAGCUCCAGGUUGGAUCAAUACACUGAACGUCUCCUCAAACUAGAAACGGAAGACAGACCAGACUCCUUGGAGAAGCUGUUUACAUCUAAACAUGUUUCCUCUUCUGUGAGUGAAGAACAUCGAUAUUCUCCUUCUCAAGCAGAGGAUGUGGGAAAACCUGCAACCCAGUCACAUUCAGCUCCACCACAUCCAAGCUACAGCUCAUCAACAAGUGAUCCCUCUGGCUUCCCUGACUCAGUCACCUUCCCUUCAAAGAAGGAGGCACCCACAAAGGAUGCUGAAGCCCCUUCUCCCUUGGCAGAUGGUUAUCAUGAUGACUUUGAGUCAUCACUUGAUUCGUCACCCAGGGAGCAGCAUCAUAGUUCCAAGCCUGACUCUCAAAUCUCAGGUUCCCCGAUUGAAAUCAAAGGUUCAGAAAUGGACUCCCCUAGCAGAGCCUCAUCAUAUGACAGCCAAGAUGAGGAGGUAGACGAGGAAAUAGCUGAGGAGCUGAGUCACCAUUCUGGCACAAGUGAACCUAGCCAACAAUCUGGAAGACUGCUAGAUCUCCAUAAGCAGACAGAAGAAGACUCCAAACAUGACGAUAAAAGCAUUAAUUUCAGCCACUCACCGCCCAUCUCUCCUUUGCAGACAACUCUCUCUCCUGUUAUCGAUGAAAUGCAAAGUUUUAACAUUGGAGAUCGGGUUCUUGUCGGAAGUGUUCAGCCUGGCACUCUGAGAUUCAAAGGUCCAACCAGCUUUGCCAAUGGCUUCUGGGCUGGUGUGGAGUUAGAUAAGUCUGAAGGGAGCAACAAUGGUACUUAUGAUGGAGUGGUAUACUUUGAAUGUGAUGAGUGCCACGGUAUCUUUGCUCCUCCAGACAAAAUCACACACCUCCCAGAUAAGUUUGAGAUCUACACAGACACCACAGAGGAUGAGGACUCAUUCUUUGAUGAUCUGUCAGAUAAAGGUGGGAAUAAACAUAAAACAGAUGAGGACAAAAACAAUCAAAAACAAGGAAAUAUUGAGAGUAAAAGUGAACAAACAUCUCAGAAGGACAUUGGGUCCGAAGAUAAAAAGGUUACAGAUGAUACUCUUCACAAGAACCAGACCUCACUGAAGGCCAGAUCCCACCUCAAUUCACAGCAUCACAAAGAAUCUAAGCAUCCCAUUUCUAAUGGCAACAGUCGGGACAUAAUAUUGGAAUUUGAAGAUGCACCAACCACUCUCCUCAUCUCUGACAUGGACAACAUUGGCCUGGGGAAACAGAGUGAGAAGGAGAUUACAACCUUUGUUGAGAGAGAAGAUAUGGACUCACAACACCAGUUUCCUCCUGCAGAUCUUAGCACAGAUAUCAGGGAUGUUAAUGAGGAAAAGAAGGACACAGAUUUACUGGACACAUUUGCAGACAAGCUCUUCAAAAACUUUGUGAAAGACACUGUGAAGCAGUUUGCUGAAAUUAAAAAGGCUAAAGAGCAGAAGAUAGAAGCUGCCAACCAAAUGAAUGGAGACUUGUUUGGUGAAAAUGUUGAAGAGGAGUGGCUCUCUUCAGUGGAACAAAAAGAUGGUCUACCUUUCUUCCUACCCGUAGAGAAAGAGGAGCUGUCUUCUCCAGAGCUGUGUAACCGACCGGAGAGUCCAGUUCUGGGGGCCAGCGGUCAAGAGGAGCUCGCCAAGCGACUAGCAGAGCUGGAACUGAGCCGUGAACUGCUGGAUGAGCUGGGUGACGAUCAGGACUGGUUUGAUGAGGACUUUGGUCUCAGCUCCCGUAGGGAACAGCAGAGGCUUAAACAGAAACAAAGAGAGGAAGAGGAAGAGGUGAGGCUGGGAGGAGGGCUGAGGAGGUCUUGCUCAUUAGCUGGAGCUCCUAUGGGGGGGCUGGUCUCAUCACCAGGUGGAGAACAACAGGUAAAGACUCCACCUAGACCUGAGCUACCUCUUCCCCUGCCUCCUAAACUACCUGAGCAGCCCGCCAUGGUUGUGCCCCACUCGGCCACAGAGGUGGAGAAGAUGGUCCACGCUGCUACUCAGGAGAUCUGGGAGAGUUAUGGUCUGGGGAAAGAGGGAGCAGUGACGCUUGCACAUUUGCCAAACCCCAAACCUUCACAAGAGUACCUGGGUAAAGAAGCCAACAGCCAGGACCAGGAGGCCCUCUCCAUUUGCAGCUACAGAAAGGGUGUGUAUGACCUGACAUGGGAGAUUAUUCAGGAGAUCUAUGCUGAAGAUCCCAACAUUGAUCAGCCUCAGUGGGUCAAAGCACGGCGAGUCAAGGCCUCCAUCUUCCACAGAGUAAAGACACCAGGAGACAUCACCAAAAUCCAGGAAUUCAUCGCUGCAGAAGUCCUGAAAUUGUACGGUCUGACAAACAAUCAUAGCCAGAAGACUGACUGGCAGAAGAUGCUCAAGUUUGGCAGAAAGAAACGGGACAGAGUCGAUCACAUACUGGUUCAGGAACUCCAUGAGGAGGAGGCCCAGUGGGUCAACUACGACGAGGAUGAGCUGUUUGUCAAGAUGCAGCUGGCAGACAGCAUCUUCGAUGCGUUGCUGAAGGACACCACAAAUGUGCUGACGCUAAUCUAUGACAAGAGGGCCAAAAGAGACACCCUCUCCUGACACUGUUCCUGCUUGGAUUUUAAACUACAACCUCUAGCUCAAUCCCAGUCUGUCCUCACCCCAGUGAGCUUCAGCCAACCUACCGCUGCUCGGUCUUCCACCAGCUGAUGUGCCAACAGCAACCCUCAGAUGCCUUCAAUCCCAGCAUUACCUCUCAACUCUCAACUCCUCCUAAUUUCUGUGACAUUAUUUUGCUGAAUUUGCUUCAGCUAACUGUAGUGGUUAUACAAUUUAUUUUACACACAAAACGCCUCUUGAGCAAUCCUUAAACCUUAACACCAUCUAGUCUCAGUUCUCACCUCCUGGACUGGUCCUUUUGUAAAUGCCAGUUGGAGAAUGAGCAGAUGUUUUGAUAGGAUGGACUGUGCCAUUUGUUAGCAUUUUAAGUCCAUUAAUGCUGCUAAGAUGAUUGUUUCACUAAAAUAUAAAAUCCACCUGGAACAAAGGUAGGUUCUCAUAUUUUGUUUUGGAUCUUAAAUAUAUAUUUGGAUUCAAAAAUUGUAAUAUAAUAGCAGAAAAGAAUACACAGUGUAGUCUGUGAUUUGACAGUGACGCAUUGUUGAUUUGACUGUAAUGCAGCACAUUGAAAUUAAAUAGGGACUAUGAGUUUAAAUGGACAACUUUUAGCUUUAAUUUGUGAUUUUUUUUACAUCCAUAUUGGGUGAAAAGUGUAGGAAUUGUCGCCUUUUAUACAUAGACCUCCAUUUUAAAGGACUGUGAGCUUGCCUUAAAAUCAAAAAUGUUUACAGGGACUUUUUUUGUCAGUCUGGUCUUCAGCGAGUAUAACAUGCUCAGUUGGACUGAGGUCAAUUGGCUGUGACGGUCAAGUACAUUCGACUGUGUGGCCCUAAAAACUGCUUGUAUGUUUUGACUAUCCUUAGCAUAAUUGUCCGGCCGCAUUGCCUUUAAUUUGGGGGAAAAUGUGUAUUAAAAAAAUCCAACACUGUUCACACAAUAAGGGAUGAAUACCCUCCUCUGAACUCCCUUAGAGCUGAGAGUCAGCACUUCAUAAUCAUAGUUGAAUUUAAGAUCCAGUGUGCUGGAGGACAUCUAAAACAUUGAAAUUGUGUCACUCGUAAAAUACUUUCAGACCGCACUGUGUUGGAACAUCACUGAGUUCAGAUAUUGUAUGAAACAUUUUGCCUCCUUAAUUAUAUUAUUUAUUGUGUGAAAAUGUUUAAUUAGAGGAGAAAGGAACAUUGAGAAUUGUAAAUGAUCUUGUCAACAUAUAGAUAAAAGAUAAUUUUUACGUUGUGUAAAGAAAAUUUAAUGGAAUAUUGUAAAAGCACAAACAGAAAUGUGAAUGUGAAUAUGGCAAUACAUUAUGUAGGAGGAGGUUUAAAGAAUGCUAUUGAAACCAGAAAAAGAACCUGGGGAAAUCUUUUUUAGUAUUUAAAAGCUGUAGCGUUAUGGAUGAAUUGAAACUGUAUGAUUUUGUUGUGGCCACAACUGUCUGUUUGGUCAACACAAUCUUGUGUCCCACUUCUGCACUAUACGUUAAAAUUUUGAAGCACUAUGUACCAUUGUUUACGGAUUUAAAAAAAAAUCUCAUACAGCUACUAAGGGAAAUACAAUGUUUUUUGUUUUCUCUGCCAGCAGCCCUGGGUUUGUUUUUUUUUUUUUGUUUUGUUUUGUUUUGUUAGCCACAUUGUGGAACAUAUCCAUCAGUGUCACUCUCAAAAAAUCAAGAUAGUUUAAUGUGCACACUGGCAUUUUUAAGGUUUCAUUUGUUUGUGUGAACACACUACAUAUUCAAAACACACUUUGAUAUAUAGUAUGCAAGUGGGACACAAAAGACUGGCAGUUGGCUUGACUUGAUAUUUUUAGUAUCACAUUAUAGGACAGUACUGAAAUGCUGGAUUUGAGCCUUACUUAUUCAACAGUCCAUUUACUUUCAAUGACCUGAGGACACACCUUUGGCUGUCUUGUUUGGCCAUCAGUUAUCCUGGAGCACGUUUCUGUAGCUGAACAUUGUGGAGCAACCCAAACAAAACAUUUAGCCGUGUAGCAGCAUGACUCGCUGCUCCAGUUGUUGCUGUGAAACAUUUGGCUUUACAGUAGUCAACAAGUUCAAAGCAGCCAUCAGAAUGUAGCCAGACAGCAGAGGUAGUCUCCCUUAAUGUUCAGUUUAAGUGCCUCUUUAUGUUAGUUGUAACAAACUUUGUUGAUUUCUCAGCAUCCUUUGGACCUAUUUUCUUUGAAUGUCUCUUUUCAACUGCUGUAUACUACCAUUUUGUAAACGAUCCUUGAAUGACUGCUCUUCCUUCUAACCGGUUUACCAAUACUUCAGUUUCUGCCUUAUAGAUCUUUCUCUAUCAGCAUGGUGUAGUAGACAAAGUUUUUUACACUUUGUCAUUUUCCUGUGCCUCAGCCUGAGGAAAUGUUUGUAAUGCUAACAGAAACGCUGAUUCACUCAAAAGGUUACCUGCUCCUUUACCAUGUCAGCCCCAUCUCUGUGCAUAUAGACACAGUUGAGUCAUUUUAUUGAUAAACUGUAUCAGGAACUAGUUUGUGGACACUCCACACAGACGUAACGGCUCCAGCCCACAGGCUGCACAGAGUGAGUCAUUGAGCUGAUGACACUCAGCACGUAGGACUGUAUCCAAGGGCUUAUUUUGGUCCUCUCUGUCAGCGCUGCUUUGAUCCAACAAACUGUACAAACUCAUUGUAGCAUGUGUGACAUUGUUCAUCCUCACUGACUGACUGUUUGGAGCUAAAGUGACCUUAAACUGAGUACUUAAUGUUUUUUUUUUUUUCUACCGUCAAUGUUUUAAUAGUUACUAAGGUGUAAGUUCAAGCUGCAAAUUAUAUAAUGUAGAAAAAGACCAAAAACAUUUGAUACCGAUCUCUCCAUGCUGUAUGACUUGUAUGUCCAGUCUGUAGGCAUAUGUAACUGUAAUGGUGACUUGAUUAGCCCCUUAGAAAGAUGUUCUGCAAGGCGUUAUUGUAAACCCUCUAGGAUUGUCCUCUUGACUUGAUUGUAUGUGGGAGGAAGUUAAGUUCUCCUCUGUAACUAUGCAGUACUUGGUCUUAUGCAUUGUUUUAUAUGUAUGGACCAAACAGCUUAGACUUCUGCUGUUAGACUAUAGAAUAAAUAAAUCUUCAAGAAGCUUGAAGCUGUUUGGCGUAGGGUGGAGUUGCUUUCCUUCACUUGGAGACAGAGCAACUUUAUCUUUUAAUAACGUGUGUAAUCCUAUUAACCGAAUUAAAACGUAGGCACAAAAGAUUUGAUCAUCAAAUUAACCCAGUCAGGCUAUAUUUCCCGCUUCAUCUUUUGAAAUGUUUAUGAAUAUUUAUAAUAAUGUUCUGUGAGUGUACGCUAAGUGCACUUGAAGAUGUGUACAAUUCUUUUAUGGGUGUAAAUAUACUGUCUUUCCAAUCUUGACCCGCUGUUACUGUAACCUGAACGAUUGUUGUAAAAUAAACACUGUUUACUUUGCAAAUAUGUACAUAGUAUAUAUUUGUUAACUAAAUGAACUUUGAAAUUGUAAAUAAAGCUUUCAUUGUUUCUAAAGGAA